AUAUCUGGUUUUCUGUGUAGUAGGGCAUUUGAUACUCUCUCCUUAUCUUACUUUCGCAACCAAAUCUAGCGAUCUUUCUAGAUGGCAGGUGCAGGCAUCCAUCCGUACCACCAGCAAUGGCCUCCGGCAGCCGCCGCAGCUCCUCCUCCGCCUCCUCCAGCGGUGGCCGCCGCCGCUCCUCCUCCGCACGCUCCGCCAAUCGCUCCCUCAGACGAGGUCCGCACGAUCUUCAUAACGGGAUUGCCCGAAGACGUGAAGGAGAGGGAGCUGCAAAACCUUCUAAGAUGGCUACCUGGCUACGAAGCUUCUCAGGUUAACUUCAAAGGCGAGAAGCCUAUGGGAUUCGCUCUCUUCUCCAACGCUCAGUUCGCUCUCGCCGCCAAAGACGCUCUUCAGGAGAUGGUUUUUGAUGCGGAGUCGAAGUCGGUGUUGCACACGGAGAUGGCGAAGAAGAAUCUGUUUGUGAAAAGAGGAAUAGUUGCGGAUUCAAGCCCAUAUGAUCAAAGUAAACGCUUGCGAACUGGGGGUGAUUAUACACACACUGGUUAUACAAGUCCAUCUCCUUUCCAUCCUCCUCCUCCAGCACAUGUUUGGGGGCCACAUGGAUAUAUGGCUCCACCACCUCCUCCUCCUCCAUAUGAUCCGUAUGGAGGCUACCCUGUUCCUCCAGUACCAAUGCCUGCUCCUGCUCCUGUGCCAGCACCUAGUAGUUAUGUACCUGUUCAGAAUGCAAAAGAUAACCCUCCAUGCAAUACCCUAUUCAUUGGAAAUUUGGGAGAGAACAUAAAUGAGGAAGAAUUGAGGGGACUUUUUAGUGCACAACCUGGUUUUAAGCAAAUGAAGGUCCUGAGACAGGAAAGACAUACUGUUUGCUUUAUUGAGUUUGAAGAUGUAAAUAGUGCCAGCAAUGUACACCAUAGUUUGCAGGGUGCUGUUAUCCCCAGUUCUGGUUCGGUUGGCAUGCGGAUACAAUAUUCGAAGAACCCAUUCGGGAAAAGGAAGGAUUCUGGCUACCCUCUGGCUGCACCUGGCACCAAUGGAGCUCCACCAGCUAUGAAUUACCAGUAGCAUGAAGGGGAUGUACUCUGUUCUUUAUGCACCGACAAAUACAACUACUACAUGAUAGGAUGCAUCUUGCAGCUGUUGCAUGCAUCCAUUUCAUAAUCAAGUCAUCACAUUAGCAUCUCUCCUCAUGUGAAUGAAUGCACGUAGUGGCAUCAUGAACAUACCAUUUGGCCAUGUUAUAACUUAUCCAAGACAUGCAUUUGUCAGCAGCACAUUUAAAAGCCUGGAUUACGUAAUAGGGGGGCUCAGAUACUGUUGUCAUUUGUAGAAGUGGUGCAUUGGUCUGUGUUUUUGUGGGAUUUAUGUGCUUUUCCACAUAUUAACUUUUGUGUACAUCAACAAUAGGAAUGCUUGUCUAAAUAGACAUCUAGCAGUGUUAUUUAUUUUUUCUAUAUUAGGUUCACUGAUUUAACUUAA